AUGGAAAUCGAGGAAAUCUGUCUUAAGGACAAAAUACUGGACUCGUGGGCACCUCCGGAAUUAAAGAAGAAACUUCUGAGUAAAGAGCACUCCCUAGACGAGAUUGUUGAGGCGUGUCAAGCCGAGGAGCAAAUUAACAAACAAUCCGAAGCAAUGCAGAAGCCAACCGUUGAGGCAAUAAACAAAAUUGAGGCUCGUAAAGCCAAACUGGAACCUGUUCAGCAGCCGGUGCGGAGGAUCCCAGUGGCACUUGAAGAUAAAGUUGCAGUUAAGCUUGAUGAAGGUUUGAAGCGAGACAUUAUUGAAUCUCUUACCUCCCUAAUUGUCCUGGCGUUUAAGGAGAAUGGCGAUAUUCGACUCUGCGUUGAUAUGCGUCUGGCGAACAAGGCAAUUCGUCGAGAAAACUAUCCACUACCAACUUUUGAAUCUUUUAUGACCAAACUCAGAGGUGCACGAUUCUUUUCGCGCUUAGACUUGAAAGACGCUUAUCAUCAGCAGGAACUGGAUGAAGACAGCAGGGAAAUCACAACCUUUAUAACACCAAUGGGACUUUUUCGAUAUAAAAGAUUGAUGUUCGGAGUCAAUUCUGCUCCAGAGAUUUUUCAAAGUCAUCUCGAGCAGCUGUUAGUAGAUUUUCCGAAUGUUAUGAACUACAUCGAAGACGUUAUUAUCUUCGGAGAAAGUCAAGAGGAACAUGACAAAACCGUAAGAGAUGUCCGCAAGGUAUUCGAGGAAAACAACGUACUGCUAAAUGACCAAAAAUGCGUUUGA